CAAAAUAAGCUAUUAUGCAAUAAUCAGGUAUCUAUUAACAUGAACUUAUCUGAAGCAAGCCACUUCCUCAGCGAUUAUAUAAUUAACUCACAAGUGUCGCUAUAUUACGGAUUCUCUUACCGGACCUUGUUUCUCACGCGCUGCGCUCAUACUGGCCGGAGCAGCUGGAACCCCGUGGUCUCCAUUCACCUCACCAUCCCCUAUGUGGGUAUUUUCUUCUUCCUCAUUUGGCACAUGCCCCUGCUCUCUAGUCCCCGUCGAUUCAGUAUCGAGGAUCCCUUUAUUGUCUCGAUGUAGCCACCACUUAAAGAAUAUGGUGAAAAACUGCGCUACGAACACCUGUUCCAC